UGAAAAUCAAUAAUAAAACACCGUCGUACAUACAUAUGCAUAGUGAUAGUUCGUAUGUAUGUACAUAAAUAGAUGCGUGAGCAUUGUAUCCACACUAUAUCAUUUAGUAACAAGUUAUUACCAGUCGGUGUCUGUAUAGGAGAAUUAGCGUAAUGCGUAAUUAACAAAGCCCAAUAAUACCAUUUGAGAAUUUUUGACCACCUACUGCCGUUGAUUUUAUUGUCACAUUUUGUGUACAUACAUACACACUAAUUUUUUCAGAAAAUUUGUCCUCAUCUGGCCAGAGCUUGUCAGGCCCAAGCAGUUGUUAAAAAUUUUCAACCUUCGUUGAAUGGCAGCAAUCUUUUAGAAAAGGAGUUGGUAGCACAUUUUUUAUGAGCCGAUCUACCUUGUAAAACCUUUUCGAAUUUGAAUAUAGUAGGGCAUAAUUAUUUAUGGAGUUAUGUAAUUAUUGCUUAACAUCUUCAUUGAUCAAACGAAAGUCAGAUUUGAGGUCAAUUUGGCAUACGCUUAGAACACUCGAGUUUCGAUUUAUAUACAUUAAACACCUAUUUAUUAUUUCCUAUUCUGACAUUGUAAUCAAAAAAUAAGAUUUAGAUAAGAAGGGUUGAAAAAUGGGAAAGUUGACGGCUUAGUGGUGAUGUAAAGGAUGGAAAUAAAAUUCCUGGAAAUUUUUCUUUAGUUUUGUGCCGAGGAAAAAUCUGAUAAUUGAACGUAUUGCCAUGCGUGGUUAUUUAUAAUCAGACGUUUACUUUUUACUAGGCCUUCAUUCAUUGCUAUGCAUGGUUAAUAAUGCAACCGUUUUCACACUAAACGAUCAAACAUUAACUUUCAACGUUACGGGUUCACUUACUCUUAAGCAACUCUUACAAAAGUAAUAACUAAACAAUCCCACGUUAGAGACGAAAUUUAGCAAACUGCGAUAAAUUAAUAAUUACAUUGUGUGCCGCUUAAAUUGCUUAAAAUGUGUGUCAUCUUCAUCAAUUAGUUUAAAAACAAAUUGUUGCAAUAUUGCGUGAAUAGCUAAGAGGCGAUUUUCUUUCCACAGAUACAUAUCAAAUUAAAUUUGCUUACGCACACUAAUUGUUUGCAAAUAUACUUAUACAAACCUACAAACUCAACAAAUACGGAAUCCACAUGGAUCUAAACCCAGAAAAUAAGUGGGAAUGUCAAAACUGCUCAAAAAUGUUUGAAACCAACCGCAGGCUGACCAGACACAUGGUCACGCACGACCCCGAUGCCAAGGUCAAAUGUGAGGUUUGCGACAUAAUUGUGAAAAACAGAACCACCUUAUCUUCCCACAUGUGGAGAUUACACAGCAACCGGAAGCGACCAAGUUGUGGCACUUGUCAUCGGCCUUUUCCUACGUUUGCCUCCUUACGGCGACAUACUGACGCCAUCCACAACGCAGAGGAGCGACCUCGUUUCCCAUGUACGUUUCCCGGCUGUGGAAAAACCUACCUGCAUAAGGGUGGCGUUUCGCAACACGUGAAAGCUGAACACACCGAGAAUCCGGUGCGAUUUCGGUGCACACUUUGCGGAAAGGAGUUCAAAGUGAGGUCUAAACUUGCGCAACACAUUCGCACCCACACGACUGAGAAGCCGUACAAUUGUGCCACUUGUGGGAGGGGUUUAGCCAAGAUAGAAGCCAGGAAACGUCACCAAAUGACGCAUUUGGAAAAAUCUGCCCGAGACGUGUCAAAGUGUCACAUCUGUCCUCAGACCUUCAUAAGUUGGAGCGGAUUACAGUACCACAUUCGAUUUACGCAUGAAAAUUUGAGGGAUUAUCUGUGCCCAGUUUGUGACAAGAGAUUCUGCCACGCAUCAACCUUGAAACGUCACGUGGAGGAGAUUCAUAACACGGGGAAGAUCCAUUUCUGCGACAAAUGCGAGUACAAGAGCUAUUCAAAAGCCAAUUUGGCUAGUCACAGAAUGCGACACAAUGCAGCGAAGUAUGGAUGUUACUUCUGUGGGAAAAAAUUCUUCACCUUUUCCUAAUUGUUGCAACAUAGUCGAGUCCAUACCUUAGAAAACUGGAAAAACGUAUGUAUCUA